GUGAAAGAGAGUGUAUUCAAAGCAUUAAAAAAAUAUAUAUAAGAAAAUCGCGUGCUGCCUGGAGAUUAGCUACGUAUACUUUUUUGGAUAAACGGCAAGUGCAUAUUAGCGAACCGUGUUCUUAGUCAUUUGUACGCAAUCAACCAUAAAUUAUGAAUAAAAUCUUGUUAUUUGCAAUAAUAAAUUUGGUCUUAAUCGAAUAUGUUUGGUGCGAAGUUCGACGCGACGAUCAGUAUCCACCGCCACAACUUCUGGCCAAAUGGAAGCCCGCACACGACACUUGCGUUGGGAAAACCGGAGUCUCUGAAGAUAUCAUUAAGAGAUUUAGUGAUGGGGACAAAAUUUUUGAAGACGACAAUCUAAAAUGUUACAUGGAUUGUCUUUUGCACGAAAAGGGCUUCAUAUUGCCAGAUGGCAAAAUCGAUUACGUUGCCUGGCAUGAAUCUUUUAACGAAAAUGAAGAAAUUCACUUUACAUUCAUUCAUAUGAUAAGAAAGUGCCUAUAUCCAAAUGGUGAAGGAUGUGACCGAGCAUACAAUGUGAAUGUUUGCUUCAAAACUGCCGAUCCAAAGCAUUAUUUCCUCGUCUAAGAAUGUUUGCCACUUUCUGUGGAGUGACUAAAUUUAGAAUUAAGCCAAUUCAUUCAACGAAAAAGAAAUGGCAACACCAUAACUAUUCAUGAAUAAAAUUUAUAUCAGAAAUUGUUUUGUGCUGAAAAUCAGACAAAGUUUAUUGAAUUGUCUUGAAUGACUAACUCUUUAAUUUACGAAUUAAAUUGAAUUUGUUUCAUUUCA